CACUGGCAGAGGUGAGCAGAGAGAGGAGGAUACCGGGACAGCAGCUGAGAUCCUGUAAAACCCAGAUACCAAGAGAGAUGCUACAAAUUGGAGUCCUCAUUGUCUUCUGUGGGCUUCUGACCCAGUCCACAGCCCAGCUUGGAGGCCUGCCAUUGCCACUGGGCCAGCUUGGCCUGCCCUUGCCCUUGGGUCAAAGGGUACCCUUGGGUCAAAGGGUGCCCUUGGGUCAAAGGGUGCCCUUGGGUCAAGAUGUGCCCUUGUAUGUGACUCCCGCUCUGCCCUUGAAGCACAAGGACCCUGCAGAACACCUGACUGGUGCCCUUACCAAUGGCCUGAUAUCAGGGGGUCUGAUAGACAUUCUGGAAAGUCUUCCCAUCUUGGAUAUCCUGAAGCUUAAAGGUGGCACUUCUGGUGGCCUGCUUGGGAACCUCCUUGGAACACUGACUUCAGGGAUCCCUCUUCUGAACAACAUCAUCGACUUAAGGAUCACUAAUCCCCAGCUGCUGGAACUCGGCCUUGUGCAGAGCCCUGAUGGUCAUCGCCUUUAUGUCACCAUCCCUUUGGGCCUGAAUCUUGAAUUGAAAUUGCCCAUGAUCACAAGUCUAUUGGAGCUGAACCUGAGGCUAAACAUCACUGCAGAAAUCUUAGCUGUGAGAGACAGCCAGGGGAGGGUCCACCUGGUCCUUGGUGACUGUGUCCACUCGCCCGGCAGCCUGCACCUCUACCUGCUUAAAGGAAUUGUUCCACCAUCCGUUCAAGGCCUUCUAGAUGGCCUCACAGAUAUCUUGAAUAAAUUCCUCCCUGAACUGGUGCAAGGAAAGGUGUGCCCUCUGGUCAACGAGGUUCUCAGCCACUUAGAUGUCACACUGAUACAUGAUAUUGCUGACUUACUGAUCCAUGGGCUCCAAUUUGUUAUAAAGAUCUAGGCCUCCCAGAAUGGGAAACUGCCCUGUGCUGAGCUGGACCUUGCUGCUCAGUGCAUCCCUCUUGCCUGGCUUCUAGAAGGAUGACCCAUGUGGUAGCAAGUGGCAAAGCUGCUUUCUCCCCAAGGAACCCUGCUUAUCCUCCUUUCUAACCAGCCAUGAGAAAUUCCUUUGGUCAAUACCAAAUAAACUUGCUCUUC